GCAUGGCGUUGCUAGGGUUUCUGAUAGGUUGCGCCGGAAGACUUGCUGGCUUCCAGGCCCCGCCCCCACGGGAAAGAAAGGGGCGAAUCAGGUGACGCGAGCCCCCGAGGCCGGGAGGCAGAAGCCCGAGGGCCGCAGCCUGGGUGCCCCGAGGGGAUCCGACAUAUAAAGUUUGUAAAAGCAAAUCCGAUUUGGCCAGAUCCCCGGACGCUGAGUCUGAAGCAAUGCUUUUGAAAAUAGUGCUCUUGCUGGCCCUGGUGGCCCAGGUGCUGAUGCUGGACAACGGGCUCCUGCAGACGCCCCCAAUGGGCUGGCUGGCCUGGGAACGCUUCCGUUGUAACAUAAACUGCGAGGAGGACCCAAAGAACUGCAUCAGUGAGCACCUCUUCAUGGAGAUGGCAGACCGGCUGGCAAAGGAUGGGUGGCGGGACCUGGGCUACGUCUACCUCAAUAUCGAUGACUGCUGGAUUGGUGGGCGAGACACCGAAGGCCGCCUGGUGCCCGAUUCCAAGCGCUUCCCCCACGGCAUCGCCUUCCUGGCUGACUAUGCUCACUCCCUGGGUCUGAAGCUGGGCAUCUACGCAGACAUGGGCAACUUAACCUGCAUGGGUUACCCGGGCACCACGCUGAACAAGGUGAAGCAGGAUGCCCAAACCUUCGCCGAGUGGAAGGUGGACAUGCUGAAGCUGGAUGGCUGCUUCUCCACCCAGGAGGAUCGGGCCAAAGGGUACCCCAUGAUGGCUUCUGCACUGAAUGCCACGGGCCGCCCCAUUGCCUUCUCCUGCAGCUGGCCAGCCUACGAAGGAGGCCUGCCCCCCAAGGUGAACUACACUCUGCUGGCCAACAUCUGCAACCUUUGGCGUAACUAUGACGACAUCCAGGACUCCUGGCAGGACGUGCUGUCUAUCCUGGACUGGUUUGUGCGACACCAGGAUGUUCUGCAGCCAGUGGCUGGCCCUGGGCACUGGAAUGACCCAGACAUGCUGAUCAUUGGGAACUUUGGUCUCAGCUUUGAGCAAGCCCGGGCCCAGAUGGCCCUGUGGACAGUGCUGGCGGCACCCCUCUUCAUGUCCACAGACCUGCGGACCAUCUCCGCCCAGAAUGUGGAGAUUCUGCAGAAUCCACUCAUGAUCAAAAUCAACCAGGAUCCCUUGGGCAUCCAGGGACGUAGGAUUCUUAAGGAAAAAUCCCAUAUUGAAGUGUUCAUGCGACCCCUGUCUGAGGAGGCCAGCGCCCUGGUGUUCUUAAGCCGCCGCACAGACAUGCCUUACCGCUACAGCUCGUCCCUGGGCCGCCUGAAGUUCCCCAGCUCCAGACUGUAUGAGGCCCAAGAUGUCUUCUCAGGGGAGAUCAUCACAGACCUCAAUACCAAAACCAACUUCACGGUGAUUAUCAACCCUUCAGGCGUGGUGAUGUGGUACCUGUACCCUAUCCAGACCCUGAAGCUAUCCAAGUGGAAGUCCUAAGACUGAGGAGCUGAGGCCGAUGGCGGGCCUUGGUGGCUUUGUGGAGCUUGCACCGUGGAGCCUUGGCAUGUGGAGGCCAGUGAGCAGGGCUCUCUCCUCCCUGGGCCUGCUCGGCCACCUGACCUCAUCGUUCCCAAAGCUUCAUCUCGGGGCCAGGCGCUGUGCACGCCCAAGCGUGAACCCUCUUGGAAACUUCUCUUGGGGGAACUUCCCGUAGGGAUUCCGGCCUCCAACUCAUCCCCAUGGCCUCACAGACAUUGCUAAACAACUCGACCAGCUUGCUGAGCCCUCAGGCAGGGGCGAUAAUCCCUAUCAGAACUCGAGCCUCUGGCUUGGUGGUUGGUUCUGAAAGCAGGACUUAGAGCUAUUCUAUCUAGAGGUGGAGAUCUGACCUCUUGUCAGACUCUCAUGAGCUGUGUGACUGGAUGACGGCACCUGGAGUGUGCAGGUCACAAGGGAGACCUUGAGUCCCUUAUAUCACCAAUAAAGCCGUUCUUUAGGUG